GAGUCCUACCAGAAGUCUUUGGACUCCCCUCUCCAAUAUUUCUUGCAAGUCUUCCAUGGUAUCUGGUAGUCCAAAGACUCAUUCUUGGUUUUACAAAAUUUAUUUUGAAGGACCUCAAUAAGAAGAUGAAGUUCACGAAUAUGACUACUGUAUUAUCAUAAUUCUAUAAAUUAACUUCUACAACACGGACAUCAUUAUGGAUUUAACCUAUUGGAAAAUUCAGGUGUGUGAGCAAUUAUUUUUUUUUAUAAAAAUAGCAUAGCAACGCAUAUUUUCUGCAAGCUUCAUCAUUUGUCUAUGAGACCUAUUUUUCUCAAAGAAACAAUAAAUUUGGUCAGACAAAAGAAAGCUGCCGUGUUAGACUAUGUGGAAACUUUGGGCAGUUUCAUCAACAAUGCUCCUUGGUAACACAAUGUUUUCCUUCUUUAUGUAUAUUCAUUAUACUAUAUAUAAUGCUAAAAAAAACAUAUUAUUUUCAACCACCAAAUACCAAGUUCUGAACCAAACUCUUGAACCAUAAUGAGAAACCAAACUCUUUCAUCUACUUACCGUUUCAUUCCUUUCUUCAUUCUCAUCUCUUACUUCUCUAUUUCUUCAACUUCAGAGGUUCAGAGUUAUUUGGAGAGAGGUUCUUCUCUAUCAGUUGAGGAUGACUCAGGCCUUAUUACCUCCCCAGACAAUUCAUUCACUUGUGGCUUCUAUAGUGUUGGAAGCAAUGCUUACUGGUUUGCAAUUUGGUUCACAAAUGCCAGAGACAGAACAGUUGUUUGGAUGGCUAAUCGAGACAAGCCUGUCAACAGCCGGGGUUCCAAGAUAUCUCUACGGCGAAAUGGAGCCAUGGUGUUGGCCGAUAUUGAUGGCUCAAUUGUAUGGGAGACUAAUACCACCUCCACUGAUGUUGCUCGAGCAGAGCUUCAUAACACAGGCAACCUUGUUUUGACAGACCCGAAUGGUAAAAUUCUCUGGCAAAGCUUUGAUUUUCCAACUGAUACUCUAUUGCCUUCUCAGAGCUUUACAAAGAGCAAGAAGUUGAUAUCUGCAAUGAAAAAUGGAAGUUUUGCUUCUGGUUACUUUAGUUUACUUUAUGAUAAUGAUAAUGUAUUGAGGUUGAUCUAUGAUGGGCCUGAGGUAUCAAGCCAAUAUUGGCCUAAUCCUGAUUAUGAUGUGUACCGAAAUGGAAGAACAAACUAUAACAGUAGCAGAAUUGGUCUGUUAGAUGAUAUGGGUGGCUUUCAAUCCAGUGAUAGGCUUCAUUUCAAUGCUUCUGACAUGGGUUUUGGUAUCAAAAGACGGCUAACAAUUGAUUUUGAUGGGAAUCUAAGGCUUUAUAGCUUGAAUGAUUCGACAGGAUGGUGGGAUAGAACAUGGCAAGCUCUUACACAGCCAUGUAAUGUGCAUGGGAUAUGUGGGAGAUAUGGGAUUUGUGUUUAUACACCAGAACCAUUGUGUUCAUGCCCUCCUGGUUUUGAGGUAAGAAACUCAACUGACUGGAAUGAAGGUUGCAAACCAACGUUCAAUCGAACCUGUUCAAACUCUGAGCAGGUGAAAUUUGUAGAGCUUCCCCACACCGAUUACUGGGGGUUUGAUCUUAAUUUUACCACAUCUAUCUCACUAGAAGAAUGUAGGGAAAUCUGCUUGGGGGAUUGCAGUUGCGAGGCAUUUAGCUAUAGGCUUAUAGGAUAUGGACAAUGUUACACAAAAAGUGCACUUUUCAAUGGAUACCAGUCUAUAAGUUUUCCAGCCACUAUAUACUUGAGGCUUCCGACAAGUGUGCAAGCAUCAGAACCCACAAUCCUAAAUGGCUCUGAUCCCAAAUGUGGAUCCAGUGUACCUGAAAUUGGGGUGGGUUCUCCUUCCAUGUAUGAGUUAAGUAAAGGAGUGAAAUGGAUUUAUCUUUAUUCGUUCUCUUCAGUAAUUGGAGCAAUUGAGCUUAUGUUUUUCAUAGGCGUUUGCUCUCUUUUCGGAAGAACUGGCGUGCCCAAUAUCGUCGAAGAAGGAUAUUUGGUUCUAUCAAGUCAGUUCAGGAAGUUUAGCUACAGAGAGCUUAAGAAGGCAACCAUGAAUUUCAAGGAAGUCCUAGGAAGAGGAGGCUUUGGGGCAGUUUAUAAGGGUGUAUUGGCAGAUGAAAGGGUGGUGGCGGUGAAGAGAUUGGGAGAUGUGCUACAAGGGGAAGAAGAAUUUUGGGCAGAAGUGAGUACAAUAGGAAAAAUCAAUCACAUGAACCUAGUGAGAAUGUGGGGAUUCUGUGCAGAAUUGAGGCAUAGACUCUUAGUCUAUGAGUAUAUCCAAAAUGGUUCAUUGGACAAGCACUUAUUUUCCACAGGUUUUCUUGGAUGGAAAGAGAGAUUUAAAGUUGCAAUAGGGGUAGCCAAAGGUUUGGCCUACCUUCACCAUGAGUGUCUAGAAUGGGUUAUCCACUGUGAUGUGAAGCCUGAAAAUAUACUUCUCGACAGUGAUUUUGAGCCCAAGAUUGCGGAUUUUGGGCUAGCAAAACUGUCUCAGAGAGGUACCCCGGGAUCAGAGGUCUCUCGCAUUCGAGGGACAAAAGGGUACAUAGCUCCAGAGUGGGCUCUGAACCUUCCUAUCACUGCAAAAGUGGACGUCUAUAGCUAUGGAGUUGUGAUUCUAGAGAUUCUGAAGGGAAUUCGGCUUUCGAAUUGGGCGAUAUUAGAGGAUGAUGAAGAACAGGAGCCGGAGCUUACAAGGUUUGUCAGGAUGGUGAAGAGGAAAAUUCAAUGUGAAAAAGACUCUUGGAUAGAGGAUAUAGACGUGGAUCCAAGAUUGAGAGGACAAUUUAACAGGUCCCAAGCCGUGAAACUGGUUGAAAUUGGCAUUUCCUGUGUGGAGGAAGAUAGAAGCAAGCGACCAACAAUGGAUUCAGUACUCCAAGUUUUACUAGAAUGUGAAGAUGCCUAGAAAAUCCAUGCUCCAGACAAGGAGUAAUGAAAUUUCAGCUACAAGUGUCUUCUUCUUCCUUUUUUGUUUCCGUUUAUUUGUUUGUUUGCUUUUGUUAUUUAUUUAUUAUUUUUUUUUUAAGGCCUUUUAUUGUGUGAUUGUGAACAAUAUAAACGUUCAGCCAGUGUAGCUGAGUUUACUGUAUUUUCAAUAUGGUUGGGAGCAGAAAAAAAUGUACCUAACUUGAUGAUGCUUUUCUAUGUGUUGUGCUAUAGUAAAUUCCAUGUAAACCAAGAUUUUGUAAUUGGAUAGUUAAUGACAAUAGAUCAGGAAGU